CCCAAAUAAAAUACUCAAUAAAACACACUCCCACCCACUCAAUCGUUGCUCCUUUCCUUCUCUCCCGCAGAGGCACAAAUCAAUUUGAUCGUGUUGCCUUGCUACAAGAUGAUUGGGAGCAUUGGUAAUGAGCUCUAUUCAGAAAUUAUUCAGUCGGCGGCUGCAGAGAUGAAUAGAGAAUCACAUGAAGCCCAAGCAAAUCACAAUUUAGUGGAAACUGAUACAGACGAUGCAUGGUACGAUGAUGGAGAUUCUAUUGACAAAGCGAAUGUCGAUAGGGAGUGGGAGAAAAGGCGAAAUCAAUUCCAUACGAUAGGAUAUCGCGACGGCCUCAUUGCUGGACAAGAAGCUGCUGCUCAAGAGGGGUUCAACGUCGGCUUUAAGGAAUUAGUUUUUUCCGGGUACAACUGGGGUCUUGUCAGAGGGAUUACUAGUGCAUUGGCAUGCCUCCCGACUAGUUUAAAGGAAAAGUUGAUCGAAACAGAGGAAACAAGGACCAAGUUCCAGUUUUUGCACGAAUCUGUACAAUCUGUUUCAACAACCGAUGCAUUGAAAUAUUCUUACGAAGAACAUAAGAGGAAAUUCGAAACCCCAGAUGGGAGCGCCGAUCCAAGUUCGACUACAACAGACAACAUCCUCGGAAACUACCACAACCAACUUCAGUUACUUCUCGACGAAUCUCCUCUACUCGAAGGUAAUUUGAAAUUAAACUAGUUAAAUAUUUUCCUUUGGGAGGGGCUGUUGUAAAAAAGUAAAAAAUCCGGUAUCAUAUUUCGACCUUAUUUAAAUGUAAGUAUAAGCAUUCGACACGAGGUUUAAAUACUUUAUUGGAACUUAGAAGCAACAAUUAGCAACACCAUAAGAAUAGGUGAAGCCAGGAAAAGAACAUAUGGGAGGGCUUGGUUCAAUCCAUCUUCAUCCACUUGAGCCUCUUUUAAUAGAUAAUUCGGUUUCUCCUCGACAAAUGCUUCGAAAUAGUUUUGAUAGCCAGUGCCGAGAGAUGAACCGGUUGAGCUAGAAACCUUCAUCAUUUCCAUUGCCUG